UUCAUCCACAGUUGUAAAGAUUUUGGAAGAAGAACCUUGUAUUUGCGCGUGGGGUUGAAACAUUGGACUAUAAAAAACAGAGUUCCAUGACCAAUUCUAGUCUCCGACACUCUCUACAACUAUAGUAGAAGAAUCCAAGUGUUCCCACUUCUUCUUCAACUACUUUCUCAUUCACACUUCUUCACCUUAACUAAAUUCAUUUAAAUUCCCUUCUCUCUCACUCAACAAAUUCUUAAACCUUUCCUUCAAAAGUCAAAGAAAAAACCAAUCACCGCUAAUGAGUUGAACAUGGGUUUUCUCCGGCGACUCUUUGGCGCCAAAAAACCGAUCCCUCCCUCUGACGGGUCGGGUAAAAAAUCUGAUAAAGACAACAAGAGAAGAUGGAGCUUUGGCAAACAAAGCAGUAAAACAAAGUCACUCCCACAACCGCCACCCUCCGCCUUCAACCAAUUUGAUUCCUCCACUCCCUUAGAACGCAACAAACAUGCAAUCGCCGUUGCUGCGGCAACAGCAGCAGUCGCGGAGGCAGCUCUGGCCGCUGCACAUGCUGCGGCGGAGGUGGUCAGACUCACAAGCAGCGGCGUGGCGGGAAGUAGUAACAAAACGCGUGGUCAGUUACGGUUGCCGGAGGAGACCGCCGCCGUUAAAAUACAGUCGGCUUUUCGUGGCUAUUUGGCAAGGAGAGCGUUGAGAGCACUUAAAGCAUUGGUGAAGUUGCAAGCACUGGUUCGAGGCCACAUUGUGAGAAAGAAAACUGCAGAUAUGCUCAGGCGUAUGCAAACAUUGGUGCGACUACAGACAAAGGCACGUGCAAGUCGUGCGCACUUGUCAUCAGAUAAUCUGCAUUCUUUUAAGUCUUCACUUUCUCAUUACCCUGUCCCUGAAGAAUAUGAGCAACCACAUCAUGUCUAUAGUACAAAAUUCGGUGGAUCUUCCAUCCUCAAGAGGUGCAGUUCCAAUUCAAAUUUUAGGAAGAUUGAGUCGGAGAAACCACGGUUUGGCUCCAAUUGGUUAGACCAUUGGAUGCAAGAGAACUCCAUUAGCCAAACAAAAAACGCAUCAUCGAAGAAUAGACACCCUGAUGAACAUAAAAGUGAUAAGAUUCUCGAAGUAGAUACUUGGAAGCCACAGUUGAAUAAAAAUGAGAAUAAUGUGAAUUCUAUGUCAAAUGAAUCUCCAUCAAAACAUUCAACAAAAGCUCAAAAUCAAAGUCUCUCAGUGAAGUUUCACAAAGCAAAAGAAGAAGUAGCAGCAUCGCGCACUGCUGAUAAUAGUCCACAAACAUUUUCUGCUUCUUCAAGAAAUGGAAGUGGUGUAAGAAGAAAUACCCCCUUUACACCUACAAGAAGUGAGUGUUCAUGGAGUUUCUUAGGUGGUUACUCUGGUUACCCUAAUUACAUGGCAAACACUGAAUCUUCUAGAGCUAAGGUUAGAUCACAAAGUGCACCAAGACAAAGGCAUGAGUUUGAGGAAUACAGUUCUACUAGAAGGCCUUUUCAAGGUCUUUGGGAUGUAGGGUCUACUAAUUCAGACAAUGAUUCUGAUUCAAGGAGCAACAAAGUCUCACCUGCUUUGAGUCGUUUUAAUAGAAUUGGAAGUAGCAAUUUAAGGUGACACAUUGCUUGUCUUAUGCUUGUGUAUGAAGACAUUUUAAUUACCACUUUUUCCACAAAAUAGAAAAAAGAAACAUGUUUCCAUUUUUUUUUUUAUUUUUUUGGUGUGUGGCAGCUUUUUAAAAUGUAAUUACUAGUAGUAACAUUUUGACCUGUACUUUUGUAGUGUAUUCUAUUAUCUAUUGUUCACACGAUCAAAAGUUACUUUGUUGACUUGAUGUUACAAGUAUGAUGAUUUGUAAAUCAUGAAUUGGUUUGACUAUUUUGCUUA